AUUGUUUACGUUUAGGUACAAAGUUCAGUUGUCUUGCUAAAAUGUUGAAAUUAAAUAGUUACGGAUCGCGCAAAUUAAUUUUAGAUAUUUAUAAAUAUCGAUUCUAUUCGGCUGCCGUCCCAAAAAGGAAACCCGAAAAUGAAGCUAGCAAGGAGCCCAAAAGGCCAAAUGAAUCUUUUAUGGCAAACAUAUUUCGUGGCACUUUGGUUUCGAAGCAAGUUUUCCCCUACCCCGAUGUCUUGACAUUGGAACAAAAGGAAACAACCGAUAGUAUGCUAGAUCCAUUUCAAAGAUUCUUCUCCGAUGUUAACAACGCUGCGCGCAAUGACGACAACUCCGUCAUCGACGAUAAUACGCUUAAGAACUUAUGGGAGCUCGGCGGCAUGGGCAUCCAGGUGCCCAGCGAAUAUGGCGGCCUGGGCAUGAACAAUACUCAGUACGCAAGGCUGUGCCAAAUAGUCGGAGCUAAUGACUUGGGACUGGGCAUUACCCUGGGCGCACAUCAGAGCAUCGGCUUCAAGGGUAUUCUGCUGUAUGGAACGCCCGAGCAGAAGGCGAAGUAUUUGCCCAAGGUAGCUUCUGAAGAGGUUUAUGCAGCCUUUGCUCUAACCGAGCCAAGCUCUGGAUCGGAUGCCAAUUCCAUACGCAGCCGCGCAGUCAAAAGUGCGGACAACAAGUACUAUAUUCUAAAUGGUUCCAAAAUAUGGAUUUCCAACGGCGGAUUAGCCGAGGUCAUGACAGUGUUUGCCCAAACCGAACAAAUCGACAAAAAGACUGGCGAAAAGAAAGAUAAGGUGACCGCAUUCAUUGUGGAGCGUUCCUUCGGCGGUGUCACCAGCGGUCCACCAGAGAAGAAGAUGGGCAUUAAGGCCUCAAACACGACCGAAGUUUACUUCGAGGAUGUUAAGAUUCCCAUUGAAAACGUUCUCGGCAAGGAGGGCGAAGGUUUCAAGGUGGCCGUCAACAUACUGAACAGUGGACGCUUCGGCAUGGGUGCCACCAUGUCGGGUACCAUGAAGAAGUGCAUUGAGAUUGCCACGGCACAUGCCAACAGUCGCGUGCAGUUCGGACAGAAGAUCAAAGAAUUUGGCACCAUUCAGGAGAAAUUGGCCAAAAUGAAUAUACUGCAAUAUGCCACAGAGUCGAUGGCGUUUAUGAUAUCGCAAAACAUGGACUCGGGCAGUCAGGAUUACCAUUUGGAGACGGCCAUAUCGAAGAUUUACUCCUCUGAGAGUGCUUGGCAUGUCUGCGAUGAAGCUAUACAAAUUCUUGGUGGCAUGGGAUUCAUGAAGGAGACUGGCUUGGAGCGCAUCAUGCGAGAUUUGCGCAUCUUCCGCAUAUUCGAGGGCACCAACGAGGUGCUACGCUUGUUUGUGGCUCUCUCCGGCGUGCAAUACGCCGGCAACCAUUUAAAGGAACUGCAGCGCGCGCUGAAAAAUCCAGCCGCCAAUCUAGGCUUCAUAUUCAAAGAGGCAUCCAGACGUGCAACAACAACAAUUGGCUUGGGUGGCACCGACUUGAGCACCUUUGUGGUGCCCGAAUUGCAGGAAUCUGCGAAGAGAACCGCCGCCUGCAUUGAUCUAUUUGGCCGGACCACGGAGGAGGUGCUAGUGAAAUACAACAAGAACAUCAUCAACGAACAGAUUAUAUUGAAUCACUUGGCGAAUGCCGCCAUCGAUAUUUACGCCAUGAUCGCAACGCUCUCGCGAGCAACUCGAACUGCGCAACUAAACCUGCCCACGGCGGAACAUGAACUUAACUUAACCAAAGCCCUGUCAAUUCAGGCAACCGAACGAGUAAACCAACAUUUGCGAAAGGCGAGCUCAGGCCAACUGCAAGCCGAAAACAAAUUAAUAUCGACAUUAGCAAAAAAGAUUUGUGAACAGGAUGGCGUACACUCGACCGGUGUCAUUGAUUUACAUUGAAUUUUAAGUUUUAGGACAAAGAGAUUGAACAACUAGAGAGAAACUAA